AUGAUGCUUCAAUCAAAGCAAACCCAUAUUCAGUUCUUUGCUUUGACAAUUUUUCUUUUGUAUUGGAACCAAAUACCAGUUACAGCUAAACCACUCGACCAAGAAAUAGCGUUUGAUUAUAGGGAAGGGAGUGAGAAGGGCCCAGAACACUGGGGAGAGCUUAAACGAGAAUGGGCGGCAUGUAAAGAUGGACGAUCUCAAUCACCAAUAAGUUUAGACGAGAGUCGUGCCACCAAAGUGAUCCAAAGUUCAAGGGAUCUUAUAGUGAGCUAUAAGCCUUCCGAUGCAAUUCUCAAGAAUGAAGGUUACUAUAUCGCGCUUGAAUGGGAAGGCGAUGCUGGAUCUAUCCAAAUCGACGGCUCAGAUUACUUCCUCAAAAGAUGUCAUUGGCACACCCCAUCUGAACACACCAUUAAUGGUGUAAGGUAUGAUUUGGAACUGCACAUGGUGCAUCAAAGCGCAGACCAGAACAAUAUAGCUGUAGUUUCAUUUCUAUACGAAAUAAACCAGGAUAUAUCUUCUGUGAUUAGUACAAAGGAGAAAAAGUUGGGAGUGAUUGAUCCAGGGGAAAUAAAAUGGGCCAGCUCAAGAUUUUACAGAUACAUGGGAUCACUCACAACUCCUCCCUGUACAGAAGGAGUUAUUUGGACCGUAAACGAAAAGGUAGAUAUUGUUUCAAGAGAACAACUGGACUUACUUAAAGAAGCCGUUUAUGAUUAUGCAGUGGCGAAUGCAAGACCAUUGCAACGUGAUGAAGGCCGAGAUAUUAAGCUCUAUGGCCCAUCGUCAUUGUUAAGUUACUUGAAUGCAGAAUUACCUCACAGGAGGAGACUUAAUUCCGCAGCAAUCCCUCGGGAGUGA